CAGCGGCUGCACUGCAGGGAGGAGCCGGAGCCGGAGCAGAUGGAGGAGGCCGCGGGGCAGGCGGAGGAGGCCGGGCUGGCCUCCCUCCUCGACAGAUCCCAGCCCCAGCGCUACACCGGGCGCUUCAACCCGGAGAGCUGGGAGCAGGAAUUUGACAAGAUCCCCAUGUUUAUGAAGAAAUCCCCUGGUGAAAUUGAUCCUGAACAGAAUCCUGAUUUGGCAUGCCUCCAAUCAAUCAUUUUUGAUGAGGAUCGAUCUCCUGAAGAACAAGCAAACACCUAUAAGAAUGAGGGGAACGAAUACUUCAAGGAAAAAAACUACAAGAAGGCUGUAAUCUCAUAUACUGAAGGGUUAAAAAAGAAAUGCAGUGACCAAGAUUUGAAUGCUGUGCUUUAUACUAACCGAGCUGCAGCACAGUUUUAUCUGGGCAACUACCGUUCUGCUCUCAGUGAUGUGAGCGCAGCAAGAAAGAUAAGACCCAACCAUCUCAAAGCAAUAAUAAGAGGAGCUUUGUGUCAUUUGGAGUUAAAGAAUUUCCCUGAAGCAAUGGCAUGGUGCGAGGAGGGUCUGAGGAUAGAUUCAAAGGAGAAGAAACUUGUGGAAACGAGAGCCAAAGCUGACAGGUUAAAGCGAGCUGAACAGCGGGAUGCAAGGAAAGCAAAACUGAAGGAGAAGAAGGAACAGUCUCAGAAGGAAGUCUUACUCACUGCUAUAAAGGAAAGGAAUAUCAAGCUGUUUCUGGAGGCCUCUAAGGAGGAAGAUGAAAUAUCAGAUGGUCUGGCUGAGAUGUCCUUAAAUGGACUGAGUUCUGACAGUACCAUGGGCACAAAGGUCUACUUAGAUGAUAAUGGCAAUCUGAACUGGCCUGUGCUCUUCCUGUAUCCUGAAUAUGGGCAAACAGAUUUCAUCUCAGCUUUUCACGAGGACUCCAGAUUUAUUGAUCAUAUACAGGUGAUGUUUGCUGAGUUACCUCCUUGGGAUUCGGAAAGAAAAUAUCAUCCCAGCAAUCUAGAGCUUUAUUUUGAAGAUGAAGCAAGAGAAGAAAUGUUCCAGCUGAACCCAGAAAACACACUGCGGCAAGUGCUGCAGCACCAAAGGUACUUUGUAAAGGCUGGGACUCCUGCUUUUUUGGUUUUAGUAAAGCACUCCCCUUUCUCUAAGAAUUACUUUUUUGGCAAGAAGGUGCAUCGACUAAAAUGAGCAAGUGCAAGCACAAAAAGGGACGAGAGAAACCCUUGCUGUGGGCUGGAUUGUUCAUAUCCACAGAUAGGAACAAUCAGUCUUCCACCUAUAGAGUUUAAUAAUUUUUUCUACUUCAAUCAAAUAAACGUAACCUCUGUUGGACCUUUGUCUUACAAUUUUUGCACAUGCAGAACUCCCCUUGGAACAAAGUCACCAAGUUCUGAGUGGAUACGGAUUGAAGCUUGAUUCCCCCCUGCUCCAAAUAUAUAAAUGGAUGGUAGUCGUCUUUAAUAUAGUGAAAUGGACUGCUGUUCCCUUAGGCCUUGCACAGUGUAUGAAUGGCAGCUAUGCAUAUGUGCCGAACCUUAAUUAUAGAUGAAGUGACAUCAACUUUCAGUGUACGUGCAUUGUGGAGGAGUGAAGAAUUCCACUGCUGACCUCCUGCACUGGAAUGGCUGUAGUUACUGGUUUUGAAGUGAGUGGAACUGGGAUCUCUAGUAUCACUGGAUGACUCUGCAUUAAUCCACUGGCCCGGAGCAGUAAAAUCAAUACAGCAGGAGUUCACUCACUAAUGCACUGUGCUAUUGAACGAAGGAAGGCAAAGCUCUUUGUUUACUGACCUUUCACUUCCCUUUCUUAUUGUCUGAUGUAGAUUGCAAAUAAAUAUGUUUAUGGUAA